AAAAAAAAAAAAAAAAAAAAAAACAAACGGGAAGAGAGAGCAGCAAACAGCUGGAGGAAGGCGAAGGAGGACGUUAUUGAUGACAAAAGGAUGGGUUUCCAUGUAAUCAAGCAGGGGGGAGGCUCCGGGCUGCUGCUGCUGCUGCUGUUGCUGCUGCUGGGGCUGCUGGCCCUGGCUCUGCCGGCGGGGGCUCAGCGAGCCUGCCCCAAGAGCUGCCGCUGCGAUGGCAAGAUCGUGUACUGCGAGUCGCACGCCUUCCGCGACAUCCCGCACAACAUCUCGGGCGGCUCGCAGGGCUUGUCCCUGCGCUACAACAGCAUCCAGAAGCUCAAAUCCCACCAGUUCGCCGGGCUGAACCAGCUCAUCUGGCUCUACCUCGACCACAACUACAUCAGCUCCGUGGACGAGGACGCCUUCCAGGGGAUCCGGCGGCUCAAGGAGCUGAUCCUGAGCUCCAACAAGAUCACCCACCUGCACAACAAGACCUUCCACCCCGUGCCCAACCUCCGCAACCUGGACCUGUCCUACAACAAGCUGCAGGUGCUGCAGGCGGAGCAGUUCAAGGGCCUCCGCAAGCUGCUGAUCCUGCACCUGAGGUCCAACUCGCUGAAAACGGUGCCCAUCCGCGUUUUCCAGGACUGCCGCAACCUCGACUUCCUGGACCUGGGCUACAACCGCCUGCGGAGCUUGUCCCGCAACGCUUUCGCCGGCCUCCUGAAGCUGACGGAGCUCCACUUGGAGCACAACCAGUUUUCUAAGAUCAACUUCGCCCACUUCCCGCGGCUCUUCAACCUCCGCUCCAUUUACUUGCAGUGGAAUAGGAUCCGCUCCAUCAGCCAGGGCUUGACGUGGACCUGGAGUUCCUUGCACAACUUGGAUUUAUCGGGCAAYGACAUCGCGGGGGUAGAGCCCGGCACCUUCCAGUGCCUGCCCAACCUGCAGAAGCUGAACCUGGAUUCCAACAAGCUCACCAACAUCUCCCAGGAGACCAUCAACACGUGGAUCUCGCUCAUCUCCAUCACCCUGUCCGGGAAUAUGUGGGAAUGUACUCGAAGCAUUUGCCCCCUCUUUAAUUGGCUUAAGAAUUUCAAAGGAAACAAGGAGAGCACCAUGAUCUGCGCGGGCCCCAAACACAUCCAGGGCGAGAAGGUGAGCGACGCCGUGGAAACCUACAACAUCUGCGCCGAGAUCCCGGUGGUGGCCACGGAAAGGUCCUACCAGGCUCCCAGAACCCCCCAGCGCCCCGUCUUCAUCCCCAAACCCACCGUUUCCAAACUGGAAGGCCACCAGCCCACCUCGGCCGCGCCGAGCCCUUCCGCCGACAUCCCGACGCCGGCGGUGGAGCCGGAAUACGAGCACGUGUCCUUCCACAAGAUCAUCGCGGGGAGCGUGGCGCUCUUCCUGUCCGUGGCCAUGAUCCUGUUGGUCAUCUACGUGUCCUGGAAGCGUUACCCGGCCAGCAUGAAGCAGCUGCAGCAGCACACGCUCAUGAAGAGRCGCAGGAAAAAGGCCCGGGAGUCGGAGAGGCAAAUGAACUCCCCUUUGCAGGAAUAUUACGUGGACUACAAGCCAACAAACUCUGAGACCAUGGAUGUAUCCGUUAACGGAUCGGGGCCCUGCACCUACACCAUCUCUGGCUCCAGGGAAUGCGAGGUAUGAACCAUGAUCCUCCUAAAACCAUUUCAGCUGCUGGGAAGGAGAGGUAAAUGUUCGAAGC